GACAUGAUGAACCAGGCUGUUGAAGGCUCAGAGGUGGCUGAACCUGGUUUGAGGGAGAACAUAAGUUAUAUUAGGGUUCUUGAACAAAGGCAGUUUGAGACUCAGAAAAAAGCAGCAGCGCAAUUUCAAUCCCGUCCUUCUGUGGGCUCGAACAGUGGAAUCCAAAUGGACGGUACAGGUGGCGGGGAUGAGAUGAACUUGAAAAGAGUUAUUGAAGUUUAUGCACAACAGAAUGAUUUGUUGUUCCAGCUUAAGCCCGGGCGAAUGCAAGAUGGUCAUCAGAUAUAUGGUUUUGGUAAAAUCAGCAUUAUUAUAGAUUCUCUCAAUCAGAAGGUAUUUGCACAAGUAGAGGACAGGUGGUCUUUGGUGUCACUUGAGCAGCUGUUGGACCUGCAAAAGUUAAAGAGCCGAUAAGCGUCUUAAGUUUUUGAAUUUUACAGUACAAAAUCAACUCCAAGUUUUCUGAAACUAAUGUGUAGGCUUCACGUACCUUUCUGCACUGGAUCUUUCAUUGUGCUGCAGCAAGUCAUGAGAAGAUGAAGUGCUUCUUUUCUCCCUAGUGGCAUUUUACUGCUUCUUUAGUGAGAUUUUAACGUAAAUUUGGUAAUGGAGGGGACCAAUAGCUGACGGUAUUAUUAAUAAAAGGAUCUAAAUGUUUCAAGUGUCAAGUAUGCCAGAAAUCAAAAUUAGAAUUUGCCAUAAUAAAAGCACAUUUAUCCCUUCUAUGUAUUUCUUUUGCUUUAGACAGAAAUGUAAGAAGGAAAAAGAAGGAAAGAAGCUUUUCUGAACAAUUAGUUUUUUGUCCAGGUAGUAUCAGAUCAUAAUGUAUUUCUUUGAUCCUAAAGUGGACUUUCUGGCAUAUUAUAUCGCGGUCAUACGAGUAAUGAUACAGGUUUAAAAGUUUUCUUUAGACACGUGACACAAUCUUUUGAUUCCCCAUCUUGCUUGGACUGAGACAUAGUAGUUGUUGUUCUUCUGCACAUUUUUCUGAUUAAUGGUCAGAUAUUGUGGUAAUUAGAAAGUAGAAUGUGCAAGCACAGAUUGGGUUCUCAUAUUCUAGGCCUUACUUACUGUUUUUAAGGUGUAACCUGAUACUUCUGCAUCCCCACGUGAUGCAGAAGCUAGUAGCUGAUAGAGAGUAGCUGUUGGAGGUCUAUAGUGAGGUUAUGGGUUCACGACGAUCAGCAAAACUUCUCCGUGCGUCAGGAGCUGUGUUUAAGUUAAUUUAUGUCUAUUCUAAUCUUGUAAAUUUAUUUGUCUGUUUUAAUUCUAGUAAACUGUUAGCUUAUUUUUAGUCUAGGUGUCUAUCAGAAGCUCUAAGAGUGUUUAAUUCCUUAUCCAAGAUCAAAGAAGGAACUCCUCAUUAAGCAAGAACCGUAACUAAGAACGGAGCAGUUCAAUUUUGGGUACAGGAAAAACUCUCCUAGAACAAUCUGUUUUCAUCGAAUUUUUCCAAUUGAUCAGAACGGCUAGUCUGAAGUCUAAUAAAUUUCAAUGAGUCACUCAGUCAUUUUGCCAAGUGAGUAAUUAUUUCCAGCUUAUUAUCAUUGGCCUUCAGGUGAUCAUUCAACUGUGUCGUACUACUUGGAAGUCUUACACUGUAUCCAGCCUCUUGAGCAAAUUAUGAAUGACACUAUGUUUUGCUUGAUUGUGUUGUCCUGAUCCAUUGUGAAAGGUGGGUUUCUAUGAAAACUGAAUGGUAUUUCCACUGGUGCUUUUCCUUCUCCCCUUUUUCUAUUGUUUUCUGCCCCACUUCUGCAACUUAAUCCUUUCUAUAUUUGCGGUAAUUGUUUUGCUACUUCUUUUUUCUUUUCUUUUUCCCCUCUACACUGCUCAAUGUUUUCUUUGCUUGACCUAAGGUAUUGCCUUCUCCUUCUUCAAACUAGCAGGAAUGAGAAGCCAUGUCCAGCUACUGGGCUUGCACAUAUCUCCCUGCUGUAUUUUGCAGCUAUUCUUGAGCCAUAAGUUAGCUUCAAGAUGGUGAAGGAAUUAUACCAGCAAAUGUAACAAUUAAAGUUAAUAAAGUGCUUAAUUAGUACAGUAGUGUUUGACAGUCCAAUGCUGAUACUUAACUUGCUGUCGCAAUGAUCCCAAAUUUCUGCUCUGUCCUUAACUAGCUGAAAUUGAAACCAGAUAUGCAGGAAGGAAGGAUUCACAGAUCCUCUCUGUCCUUAGCUAGCUGGAACUGUAACGAGAUACGAACUCCGGUUUAGGUCUCAGUGCUACAGGUCUGGGGACAGAAGUAGAGAUUCAGCUCAGUAAAAUCUGUUGUUCGAGAAGACAACAACAAGAACAACAAUAACAAACCCAGUGAAUUCCUUCUAGUGUUGUUCGAGAAGGAACUCUAGAAAUUAGUUUCAUGAAGAGAUUCACUUAUUGCAAUAUUUAUUUACUACAUGAGUGAUAAAGCAUGCGAAAACUUGUGGUUUGUCUUACUUUUGCAGGAAUCUAGAUCUUUCCGUAUGAAACAUCACUAAUCUGUUGGAUACAUGGCAAGCUGUUAACUGAGAUCUCAGUUGAGGGUUCUGAUGUUGAAGUUAUAGAAACGAAGGUUGACUUUGCUAUACUUAGCCGCUUUGUCUUAGGAAUAAUAGUAUAGUUCUGUAUAGGAUUAAACGUUUCUCUUAUAUAUAUAAUAGGUCAUGGUAUUGAACUUUGUUUUUCUUUCCCUUGUGAGUCUGUUUUAUGUGAUUUGCUUCUCUUUAUUUGGUGUAGUUUAAUUGGUUAGGUGUAAUGGAUGCUGGAGGAAGAAAAAGAGACAGGUAGAAAGCCAAGAUAUAAUGCUUAAUUAAGAUAACAAUGCAAAGCCCGUCACUGGUAAUUUACCAUAGAUGUAAUUUUGUUUUUUGUUACCCUGGUAAAGCGGUCAUGAUUUUAUUUUUGUGAGGUUAUCUUUGUUGGUUGAGUUUAUUUUUGGUGACCUGAUGUAGAGCGGAAUUGUAAGACGACAUUUUCUUAGGGCAUGAGGGAGUAAAAAUGGAGUUUUAGGAAGUUCCAGGCUCCUUUAGCUAUGUGUUGUGUCCAUGUAGCUUGUAGCAAAAGUUUCAGAAUAUAGUGAAUGGCUUUUUCUCUGCU